AAUUCACACAUGGGAGUCUUAUGUGAAUUUUCACAUGAAAGAAUUCAUUCCCAGAGUUUAACUUACUAAGGUAAAACUCCUCACCAAAAGACAUCACUGCAAAUAAUUGAUGCCCCUGACAUACAUUUGUCACUGUUGUUAUUAUUUAUGACAUUGAGAACAACAUAGAUAUUUUCCAGGUGGUAGUAAAACGAAUCAUCACAUUAUUAUUAUCCAAUAUUGAUGAGAAGUUCAACCUCCAUUCACAUGUUACUCACUUUUUAACCUAUCAUUUUCAUUUCACCACCCAUGUAGCCUUUUAUAAUUGAACUCACUAGCCUCUUGCCUAUGCAACAAACCACCCUUAAAAAAAGAUACAAUAAAGUGAUCCAUACAGUAAUCAAUGCUUCAAAAGAUCUUAACUUUUUCAAAACCGGUCCAACACAAUUCCACUAUAAAACUCUAUAUCUUGAGUCCUAAUUUUACCAUUCUAUUCUUAGUUUCAACUUCUCUACUGAUCUCUCUACAAGAUGAUCAAAAUACCAUCUCUUACUUUACUUCUUCAGCUUGUGCUUCUGUUGUUCCUUACAAGUACCAUUCAGUUGGUAUUUGCAAAGGGGAAAGACAAUGUUAGAGAAGCAUGCAAGGUGACAAGGUAUCCCAAACUUUGUUUCCGCUCGCUAGCGCAGUUCUCCAACGCUGCCGGAACGAGCCCCAGUAAAUGGGCAAGGGCAGGGGUGUCAGUGACAAUAGGAGAGGUUAAGCAUGUUUUAGUAUACCUUGCAAGGUUGAAGAAGAUUCAAGGACAAAUAGGGGGAAGCAGGAGCAGAGCUGCACUCUCGGAUUGCAUCGAGACUUCUAGAGAUGCCCUCGAUGAGCUUCAUAGGUCGCUUGGUGUGCUCAGGAAGCUCAGCAAAAACACCUUUGGUACCCAAAUGGAUGACCUUAACACAUGGAUCAGUGCAGCACUCACUGAUCAGGAUACUUGCCUAGAUGGAUUUCAAGGCCAAAGAGUAGGAAAGGAGAUUAGGUUGCUGAAAAUUAAGGUUAUAAGAUCAUAUUACAUAACCAGUAAUGCUUUAGCUCUUGUUAACAAGCUUGCCACUACAGGUAUUGGAAGCAUAGCGGAUCCAUAGGAAGUCCUAAUAAUAUUGUAACAAAAUUUAUGUGGACUUUUCUUUCAUGUAUCGUAAAUGUGAAACUCUCUUACUCUCAUAUCUAAUCAAAUGUUGUCAUGCAAAAUAAAAAAUAUUACCCACGAUUUCGAAAAGAA